UAGAUACUAUGUGGAACACCGUUUUAAAUCACGGAUACGGAUACAGUGAACGUGGAGGAAGUCUUGCAAAAACAACAUACUUGGUCUGUAAAAUAGACGGUGUGCCUGAGCCUAUAAUAAUAGGAAAUGACGAAGGAAAACAUGCAGAAAAGCAACUGGUGGAUAUUCUGAAAGACAUGAGACUGCUACAAAAAAAGGUUACUGUUUAUAUAAACAACUCCCCUUGUGCUGCUUGUGCUAAUGAAUUUAAAGAUUACUUAGAAGAAAAUGAGGAUAUUCAUUUGACUUUAUAUAUCACUCACUUGUACAACAUAAGACGGAGGUCUUGUCAAGACAAAGCUGAUACGCAAAACGAACGACAUAUGAAAAACAUUGAUAAAGACGAACAUGUAGAUAAUUACAAAGGACUGAGGGAUCUGAUGAAUCUGGAAGAUAACCGCUGCAAAAUAGAAGCUUUUACUGAGGAUGUCUGGAGAGAACUACACGAAGUCAUGGGCUUGACUGAAGAUUGUCAGCAAAGAAUGAUAACGUACGCUGAAACCAAGAUCACGGACCCCAAGAACAAGGCGAAAAACCAUGAUAGAAGCCGAAAAACAGAAGACAUUAACAUUAAAAAUGAUCUUAUUCACUUAAAAGAAAAUGUUGAUCCAUGGAACGGAAUUAAAAAAUAUUAUUAAAAAGCUGAAUGUAGCUUCAGUGGCUUUCGUGUCCGUGUCAAAUCAAAGAUCAUUUAAGACGAAGUGUAUUUGAUUUAAAGUAUUGUACAAGUAUGGUUCAGUGACGUCAGUACAAAUAUAUCGCUUUUAUCUUUCAAAAGAAGAGAGAAACAAUUUUUUAUCAAAAAAUUGGCGGAAAUUUUCUUUAAAGAAAAAGGGAUGGAGUUGUGGAGUAAACGUUGCUACUGCACUUGUUUCUACGGUUUUGCCAGAUAUGAUCAAAAUUCUGAUAAGUAUAAUACCGUUUGAUUAAGUAUCUAGGUUUUAAUGACUGUUUGAUGGUGUCUCAUUGGUAAAAACUGUGGGCUAAAGUAUUCGCACGAUGACGGUGGCCAUUUUGUUUAUCAAAAACAAAUGCCGGUAAUAAAACAUAUUUUUUGUACUAUUUGGAUUGCACAAAUAAAUUGAAACAUCUAAAAGUAUGAGAAAGAUCGAUAAAAUGAAGAAACAAUGUGUUAUCUUUAUAUUUUGUGCUGCCACUCUGGGAUGUUGUUAAUUUUUGUAAGCUGUGGAAAGAUGAGAAAGGUGAACGGAUUCAUUAUCAUCCAUAAAUAGUUAUCGGGGAAAUGUCUUGAAAACCCUACAGUAUUUUCCAAUGACAAAUUCAUUUUCAUCAGAGAACAUUACUUAUUUAGCUCACCUGAGCUAAAAGCUCAAGUGAUCUAUUCUGAUCACAUUUUGUCUGUCGUCCGUCUGUAAACUUUUUACAUUUUGAACUUCUUCUCUAAAACCGCUUAUCCAAUUUCAACCAAAUUUGGCACAAAGCAUCCUUAUGGGAAGGCAGAUAUAAAUUGCAGAAAUAAAAGUCCGAUCUGUAUUAAAAGCGGAGUAAACCUUGAAACUGUAGAAAAAAAGGGGGUGCAUUUUUAAAAAUCUUCUUCUCAAGAACUACCGAGUCUAAAGUCUAAAUAUGACUCAAACCUAGGCGAACUGUGAGCUCUGUAUCUUGCUUAAAAUUCUACGAUUGACACUGAAAUUUUGGUUGAACAUUAGAAAUUCUAUAUGAAUUAUAGUAUGUUAAAUACUUGUACAAACAAAAUAAAAGAAUGAUAUUAUGUAUAUACCUACUCUCUGGGGGCCCCCUCUUUAUACAAUAAAUAAUGUGAAAUUUACAUCAAUUUUGAUAGUUUUUCAGACACGAGUAAAUAAAAACGACAUCUUUAAAAAAGUUUCCAUAGUUCCUGCACAUUUCUGUUGCGGGGAUAGAGUAAUUAUUGCUAUUCCUAAGAAAAUAUCACAGCGGAAAAUUAUCCUGGAUUGUACGCGAGGUAAAUAGCAGUCAUUUAAUUAUAAUGGAGAAGACAAAUUAAAUUUUUGAAUGUUUUUAAUUUGAGGAAUUGAGCACAUUGAAGUACAAUUUUUUUUUUCACAUCUAUACA